CCGCUAGAUUGACAAAGUAUGAACGGACUUUCUUGAUGUUCGUAGAUUGGCCCCACCCAGAAGUCCGGUCAAAGAUGAAAAAUAUUCUUCGGGAAUUGAUGUCGUGGUGGCUAGUUCUAGUAUGGUCGUUCUCGUUGCGUAUAGCAUGAGGAUCCACCAGGAAGAAUUAUAGGUAAAAAACAGAACAAAAAAACCUUUUUUAUUGAUCAUGAUCUGCUUAUCUUCAAAUUAGGACAUGACGCCCAGCGUGGGGGUGAAUCACUUACUUAGAACUACUAUGUUAGCACUCAGUCUGGAGGCGGCAACGCUAACCCUGGUCUGAUAAGCACCGAAGCAGCUGCACAAGCACAACCCUGAACGAAGACAUGUCCACGACCUUUCGGUUGGCGAUGUUGACGUCGGUGUUUUUUCGCGUGCUCGCGGUCCUGCGUCUACUUCUUGUGCAAGAAAUAUAUCCCGUGGCACAUGCCACCUUUCCGUUUCUGCGGACCUUCCAGAGGCAAGCCGAAACGCGAGACGCGAUCCUGCGCGCGGUGGCGGAGGGCGGGGAGGACAUGUGGCGUAUGGCGUUCUCAAACGUUACAUUCUCAACUGCUACAUGAAUUUGUGAUGCAAGAAAAAGAAUAGGAAAAGUGCAAGAAGGUAGCUGGCGCCUCUCGCAUUACAAAUUUGGCACAGAUCUUCAUGCCGUUUAGCCCUUCGCAAAUUAAAUCGGCUAAGUUUUUUUUUUCAAAAUCGGCCAUUUUUUCAAAAUCGGCUGAGUUUUUUUUUUUUGUGUCGAGCGCCUGCGCCCACUACCUGCCGGACCUCAGCCGUGGAAACAGGUAUUUUUCAUUUUUUUCAUGCGUUUUAUAGUAUCAGGACGCUGGCCAUUUUUUCAAAAUCGGCUGAGUUUUUUUUUUCGUCUCAAACGCCUGCGCCCACUACCUGCCGGUCCUCAGCCGUGGAAACAGGGAUUUUUCAUUUUUUUCAUGCGUUUUCAUGCGAAGCAGCUUGAUCGUGUGGAUGAUGAUGGUGCUUUAGCAUGACAAAUUCAUGUAACAGUUGAGAGUGUAACGCUUGAGAGUCCCAUAUGGCGGUUGCUGAGCCUGGACGACGUCCCCGAUCGCUACCUCCGCGGCGAGAUCAACCAAGCGGGGGUGCUGCGCAGUGUGGAGGAGCGCGUGAACCAAGUGUACGGCUUCAUGCGCCAGAAGUACUCCUCGGGCAGCUGUGGCCCGGGCGUGUACAAAUUCGAGUGGUCCGCUCUGGACGAGGAACGCACCCCCAAAAUGGCGGCGUGGAAGGCCCUCGGCGAUGUGUCCGGAGCGGUCGACCCGUACCACAAAGCGGCCGGGGCGGCGAGUGAUGCCUUCUUUCUCACCCUCGUUCUCGAUCCCAAUGCGGGGCGCAUCGUGCUCGCGGAUCCCGAGACCCGGGUAGAGAAACAGUUCCAGACGCUGGUCGAUACGCGGAGGGCAGCUUUAGAAAAGUUGCUCACCAAGGCGGCCCAACUCUCCUCGACGGAAGCGGCGGACCGCGCUGCGAAAAUUGAUGGAGGUGGGGCGAAAAUAUCAGCCGAGAAAGUAAACCUCAGUGGUGACGCGCAGGACCUUUUGCGGACGAGCAAGAAGAACGGCGGUUACAAGUUUCAGGACGUUGGUGCAUAUCUGAAGACUUUCCUGAAAGACCCCAAACUCACCGAGGUUCUCAAAGCAGGACACCUCGGCGGGAUGCGCGAACAAGUAGAGGCUCACGAAGACGCGGACUCGGAGGCGACGCUCGCCGACAACGAGAGAAGGGCGCUGGCGCUGCAGGGCCCCUGGGCGGACGGCGAGCUGUUGCUGGUGCAAAACGGCGUUGCGGAAAACCGCGAUCUCCGUUGCGAUUCGUUGAUGGUUGGGCUGCCCUUUGGCGCCACCAUGCGCACCAGCGGGACGCUCGCGUGCCGCGGCGGGCGACUGGUUCUCGCGAGCGACGAUAUCAACGGCGCUUUUUCGCCGGCCGCCCAGGGCACCCCGAUCUCCGGUCAGCUGGCCGGGAAAGGCGUGGACGCCCGCAACCGCGACUGGCCGGACACGGUGGACCGCAUCUUCGAGGCGGCGAAACACCACUUCUACGCAUUUUCGGCACUGGAAAAACAGGUGGACCUGGGCGGGGACAAGUACCUGGAAUCGCUGCGCGGCGGCAACAGCUGCAUCGAGGUACCGGAAGAGGCCUACGAGGACCGCCGCGACCCGGAUGGUAUUGAAACGAGCGAAGAAGCAUCGGGUGGGGGCGCGACGAGAACAAUGCAGCAGUUUCAAACGGACCCGCUCGAGUACUACGCGGCUUUGGGGCUGGACCCCGCCGAGUUUUCGCAAUCCGCUGCGAUCGUGGCUGCCAGUUCCCUGGGCGACGGGACAGCUGGCGCGAACGCGAAGGCAAUGGAGGCGCAAGCCCGGCAGGUACGCGACGAUCGCGAUGCACGAGUACAGAAGGCGUUCGAGAAGGCACAAAAGGCAUUCAAGGUGGCGAAGGAAGCCAACCUGCAGGACAAGGCGAUUCUGCUGGACGCCCCCUACGUGGAGCGGCUGCGCAAACGCCGGCGGGCACCGCUCGACAAACCCGGCGCCGAGACGGUGCAGGACUUUUUGCACCUGCAGAUGAACAAGGCUCGGGAGGCCUACGUGCACCUGUUCAGCGACAAGAGUCGAGAAAACUACCGGAAAAGCGCGGACCAAUACAUCCGCGUGGACAACACGGCCAUGGUGGUGAACUUUCUGGGCGCGAAGCUGGACCGGAUCCACCUCUGCCUGCGCAACGCGCGGUGCUUCGAGUGCGGAAUCCUGCCCAGGCACUGGGGGCAACACUGCCUGCUCGACAGCGGGAAGCAAAGCUUCUUUCAGCAAAACCUGCAAAAAAUGGGAGUCACGGGACAGGACGGCUCACUGCAUAAAAUGCGCGAAAAGUAAUUUUCUUUCAUCUACUCCUGCUUUCGUUUGUAGUUGCGACCUGGUGCCCACCUCGUUCAAAUGUAUUUUUUUCUCUAGAGCAGGUAGACUAAUCUCAUCUGAGCUAUAGUCGUGCAACUAACAUGCGCAAGCAAAGAUGACAUUCACCAAAAAUAGAACCGGUUGCGGUUGCAAAAAAAAACCUCUUCUUCCAAAUCUAUCCAACAGGCUUGGAAAUUUUCUAACUGAGCUCGGGGACGCGCAGUAUGAGACGGGAAUGGCGUUGAAAGUGAUGGACAAGCUUCAGGACAGCACGCGCGCGUACAAUUGGGGCCUGGAGAGCACACGGAAGCUUAUCGACGGGCCGCUGCCGCAACAGCUGCACAGCAUGGAUACCAACAUGCAGCGGUACUCCCGGGCGAUGCUGAAUGACUUCGAGACCAAGGGGCUGUUCGACCCCUCCGAACUGAAGUACAAUUACAACAAGGACAAAAAGGUGCCCACCGGCGAGUGGCGGACGCGACGUCGCACGCCGCAGGAGUGGCGGCAGGUGCGCAAAAGCCUCAAGAAAGGCGAGGAGCAGGACGAGACGCCGCAAGCGCAAGUGAAGAAGAUUGCGCCCAAAGUGGAACAGGCCGCAGUAACUACACCAGGGCCGGCACCAGUGGAAUUCAGUGGCACCGGAGCGGAAACUUCGCCAGAUCCCGAAAGACCACCUCCUGCUCCUGCACCCGCAGCUCCCGAACCGGAUGAAAAUAAAUCGGCACCCGAACCCGAAGCGGACGACGAGGGCUCGACUGAUACAGGACCCAAAGCAAAGGCAAAGACGGAGGCGAAGAAAAAGCCUAAGUCGAAGACAAAAGCAAAGAAAAAAGCAAAGGCAAAAGGCAAGGCAAAGGCCGAAGGAGGCGGAGAAGGAGGAGGGGACGAAGACGCGGAUACCGGGGACAUCACUGACGGAAAAUCGAUAUCGCGCAAAAGGAAACGCCGCCAUGCGCCAGGCGAGGGCGGCGAAGGUGAAGAGGAGGAGAGCAGCACCGAUGACGACGAGGCCAGCAGUAGCGAAGAGGGGAGCGAAAGCGGAGAGGAAGAAGGUGGCGAGAACAAAAGCAACCAGAAGAAAACUGGGACUACCGCUGCCGCUGCGGGCGGAUUGAGCAAAGAAGCUGCCGACGCGCUCGAUGGCCAGAAAGACCGAUGGGCUCCUUACGCCGAUGUCGAUACCUACGCCUUUGACAACGAGCAGAAGGAAAUAAACGGAGAACAGACGAAAGGCUCGUCCGGUAGUACCUGGUCACCGUACGCCACGAAACUCGCUGCAAGUGCAACUCCCGCCGACGUCGAAACCGGGGGAGCUACCGCAGGUGGGGAAGAACAAGAGGCGGGAGAAGAGGAGCAAGAACCUGAAAAGAAAGCGGAGCCUAGCAAGGGGGCUGCCGACGGUAACGAUUCGGAGAACAAUGCUGGGGACGACGAAGAAGGUUCCCUUGCCCCAAAGUCCAAGGAGGCAGCACCGGCUCCAGUCGAUGAAAACGGACCGCCUGCAGCCACGGCACCACCGAAACCAAAAGCUGAAGCGCCCGACGAGAAGGAGGUCACGCUUUUAGCUGCUCCUGCCUUGCUGUUGCAUUAGUUUUUCUCAUCAACAACUGAUUCUCGGAAAAAAUCAAAAUCAAAUUGAAAUUUCACCACAGGCAGGGGCAAAAGAAGACGCAGGAGCGGGUAAUAAAGGUGAACAAGAUAAAGACGAGGACAAGGGCGGCGAAGGCGACAGCGACGAGGAGAAUGAUGAAGACGAAGCUGAUGAGGACGAGGAAGACGGGGAGGACGACGAUGAAGGCGAAGACGACGAAAAGACAAAAAACGAGAAGGCGAUCGCUUCGUCGAGUGCGUUUUCGGAAACGGGAGCGUUGCAACUACCAGAACAGCCGGCUCAAGGUGCCAAUGAAGCGGAUGAAACCGGUCGUCGCGCGCAGGCUGGUGCAAGUGCUACCUCCAGUGACCAGUCUGCUCGUGGGGAUCCGCAAGCGGUGGCCCAGCUCGAACCAAGUUUUUCACCUGGUGCCGCACGACCUCCAGAUCAUCUGCAAGAGGCUGCGCACGAUCCGAAUGUCCAAAUCGCGCCGGAGGAGCCCCCUCCGCCGCGGACACAAAAUAAACGACGGCUCCUGCGAAGGCAUGAUCCGAAGAAGGACGGCAGUCUAGGACCACUCGGUAAAAUGUUCGUCUCCUUCCUGCAACUGUUUUCCACAUCUUCUGCGAAGAUACCAGAGCCGCAGGAGCCACCCACCGCCGCUCCCAAGAUGGCGGACCCAGCUGCCCGAUCUGCAUCUGCUGUGCAAGAAGUCUCUCAAAUAAAAUCGCAGUCCACGGUGGAGUCUCAGCGUCGUCCCGACGGAGAUAUUAACAAGCCCUCUGAGACCACUAACCGCCACGACGCGGCAUCAGCUUCAGCUUCGUUGACGAGUAAAAAAGAAUCUUCGCUUGUAGAGAUGGACGAGAGAAGCGAGAUGCUGCAGGCGAUUAAAUCACAGAACGAGGGAAUCGUUACACGUCAUUCCGAGACAGACCUACCACUGAAGAGUUUCCUUGGGGCUGCGGAAGAUGUGCUAGCUUACUCCGAACUGCCAGUAAAGAAAUACGGGAAGGAAGUAGUUGCCGCCGCAAAGGAAAAGAUUUCCGAAUUUAAGGAGAACCAAAAGGGUGCAAUCUGAUAGGUACUACCACGGGAUCAACGAUCUUUAGAUUCGAGCUGUACUCACUGUAUGAUUGGACCUGCUACAGUAGGUGGAGCAGGAGACUUCGCUUUGUUUUCUGAGUUAGAAUUCAAGAUCGCAUAUCAACUCUAGAUUCUUUGUUUCUUGACAGACCUGUAAAUGUCUUGCUCAAAACUAUAAUACUUUUUCGAUUGUUCUUUAGCAUUGAACCCUUUUGUAAAAAAUGCCCAAAAGUGUUGCCGUUCCAACACUGGCACCUGCUACCAACCAGAUAGUAUUAAUUUAGACCCUCCUGUAAAAAAAUGCCCAUCAGAUCAAGUUGUUUGUUCUGCUGCAUCAACCGUCACCGAUAUGGUAUUAUGCAGCCAGCCAAGGACUUCGACUUGAUUGACCAUAACGAACGUCAAAUUGCUAUCGCAGAACUCCAACUUCCGAGAACAAACUAAAAGUUUGGAGUCAGUUGUGGAGCACAUAGACACCCAACAUUUGCGCUGUGCGUGUGUAUGGUGUAUUGCGGUUGUGUUUAAGUAGCAACCGAUACCGAAUGCGAAUGCCC